GCUGAUGGCAAUGCGGGCACUGGUGCAGCAGGAGUUGGCAUGGCCAUGAGAGGCCAGUUGCUGGAGCUCGUCAAGGCGCAGCCAGGCAGCGAGCAGGCCAGGGCUGCGCAGAGCCUCCUGGAUGCGACCAAGGAUGGGACGAAGGCGGCGCGCGGCGCUGGGGGGGGCCCACUGACGCAGCGCGUCGCCAAGGUGACGGCCAAGGUCCAGCGGGCGCAGGUCUCCUUCGACAAGACCCGCGCGCAGCAGGUGCGCCUAUCGCUGGAGCCCGAGAAGUGCAAGUGCUCCCUCUCGGAGGCGGCCACGGCGCUUGCGCUGGCGGAGAAGGAGCGCGCCGAGGUCAUUCAGAAGGUUGUGCCGCCCGCGAAGGGUCAGGAGGCGCCUCCGACAGGAACCGGGAUCGAUCUCAGCUCGCUGCCGGGGGGCAGUGAGCCCACGGAGUCCAUGUUCACGUUGAACUUGGGCCCUGCUUUCGACAAUUCUGGCGGAGUCAUGGACGCAGCUGACCUAGAGGAGUUGGAGCGCCGCAAGAAGCUGGUCAUGGGGGCGCUCCUGGAGACGCUCAAGACCACCUUCGGCGGCAUGCAGGACAAGCUGCGCGAGCACUGUGAGCCCUUCUCCAACAUGAAAGAGAAGAUUGCGAAGAACGACGCCACUCGUCGCCCUCGCUUGCACCUACAG